AUGAGGAACGCGGUGCUCAUCAGUUUGGCGCUUGUCGCACUCGCCAGUGCCAGCACUCUCCGGAAUCAGAUCGAGGAGGCAAUGGAUAUGUGGGAGGAGUACAAGAACAAAUUCGGCAAAGAGUACGAGGAAAGCGAAGAAAACACCUAUAUGGAGGCUUUCGUCAAAAAUGUCAUUCACAUCGAUCGUCACAACAAAGACUACAAAGCCGGAAAGAAAUCCUUCGAGAUGGGACUCAAUGACAUUUCCGAUUUGUCCCGCGCCGAGUACAAGCGCCUCAAUGGGUUCAAGCCGCGUUUGAUGGGCGAUCGCCUGGGAGCCACGAAGAGAAACAGCACAAAAUGGAUGUCACCAAUGAAUGUGCAGGUCCCCGAUGAGGUUGAUUGGCGCGAUGAGGGAUAUGUGACUCCAGUGAAAAACCAAGGAAUGUGCGGAUCGUGUUGGUCAUUCAGUGCCACUGGAGCUCUCGAGGGACAGCACAAGCGGCAAUCCGGAAAACUCAUCUCACUCUCCGAGCAAAAUUUGGUCGACUGCUCAUCGAAAUACGGAAAUCACGGCUGUGAGGGCGGUUUGAUGGACUUUGCUUUCGAGUACAUCAAGCAAAACCACGGAAUCGACACCGAGGACAGCUAUCCAUACACUGGAAGGAACGGUCGUUGCCACUUCAACAAGGGCACUAUUGGAGCCGAUGACAUCGGAUACGUUGAUCUUCCAGAGAAUGACGAAGAAGCACUCAAAUUGGCCGUCGCCACUCAAGGACCAAUCUCUGUGGCCAUUGAUGCCGGUCAUCGAUCAUUCCAACUCUACAAGAAGGGUGUCUACUAUGAGGCUGAGUGUUCACCGGAAGAGCUCGAUCAUGGAGUGCUUCUUGUCGGAUAUGGAACUGAUCCUGUUGGUGGAGACUAUUGGCUUGUGAAGAACAGCUGGGGCACCUCGUGGGGAGAGAACGGCUUCAUCCGUAUGGCCCGAAACAAGAAGAACCACUGCGGAAUCGCUUCAAAGGCCUCUUAUCCACUCGUC